GCUUAACAACAGAGAGAGAGAAAGAGAGAGAGAGAGACGUCACAUGAGUUUACUUCACGGUGGAGGAGACAAAAGCAGCUUUAAAGACUUUCCAAAGUCCAUCACGCCUCUCAGAGAGACUUUUAUUGUGGAAAUCUGCUCUGGACGCCGUUUUUUCCCGGAUUUUUCGCGCAGAAGGCUGAACUCCGCAGCGCGCGUGGACGGAAUAAAGCAGAACAGACGCAAAGAAAAAGAAAAUAAGAACCUGACCACAGCGGAGCUUUAUAGUGAAGACUGUGGACGCACUGUGGCGCGCAAAUGGUGUUUCUGUGGGACGCAAAAUACGACCCAGCCCCUGGCCGGCGGUACACCCCCCCCUCCACCACCCUGGCCUCGGGGGGGAAGAUGGCCGAGGCCCUGCCUCUGGGCGCCCAGGAGGCCGGAGGCGGGGCCGCUCUGGUUGGCAAACUGCGCAUGGCUGACCGCGGGAUGGUGGAGGUGAUCUCAGAUCAUCCAGGUGAGCUGGUGAAGACCGACAGCCCCAACUUCCUGUGCUCCGUCCUGCCCACACACUGGAGAUGCAACAAGACCCUGCCCAUUGCUUUUAAGGUGGUUGCACUGGGUGACACCCCUGAUGGCACCCUGGUAACGGUGAUGGCAGGAAACGAUGAAAAUUACUCCGCUGAGCUUCGCAACGCCACAGCUGCCAUCAAGAACCAAGUGGCCCGAUUCAACGACCUGCGCUUCGUCGGCCGCAGUGGAAGAGGGAAGAGUUUCACUCUGACGAUCACAGUGUUCACCAAUCCUCCUCAGGUAGCCACGUACCAGAGAGCCAUCAAAAUUACAGUGGACGGUCCCAGGGAGCCACGGCGUCAUCGUCAGAAGAUGGACGAGGUAAAACCCGGCUCUUUGGCUUUCUCUGAGAGGCUAACAGAGCUGGAACAGCUGAGACGGAGCUCGAUGAGGGUGACGCCUCCUCACCACCAUCACCAUCAGCACUCCACCAGCACCCGCCAAUCUGCAGCACUCAGCUCUGCCACCUUCUCCAGCCCCACACAUGCUCAGAUAACUGCUGACUCCAGGCAGAUGCAGUCGUCUCCAUCUUGGACCUACGACCAAUCGUAUCCCUACCUUGGCCAGAUAAGCACGCCCACCGUCCACACAGCCAAUCCCCUGUCGCCUGGUCGAUCUUCGCUCAGUGACCUGUCAUCACGACUCACAGGUCCUGACCUCACUGCCUUCGGUGACCCCAGGAUGACCCUAGAACGACCUUUCACCUCCCUUCCUUCCUUGCCUGACUCCCGCUUCUCCGACCCUCGAGUGCACUACCCUCCCACAGCGGCCGCCUUCACCUACGCGCCCUCUCACAACGCUGUAUCCAACGGCACCCUUGGCAUCACCAUGGCAACAGCCAUGGCAACCACUCCAGCAGGGCGGUACCACACCUACCUGCCUCCUCCCUACCCAGCCAACACCCCCCACCAGGCACAGAAUGGGCCCUUCCAGUCCACCUCCUCACCGUAUCACCUGUACUACUCCACCGCCGCCGGCUCGUACCAGUUCUCCAUGAUGGCCGGGGGAGGAGGAAGCAGUGACUCGCGCUCCCCGCCGAGGAUCCUGCCACCGUGCACCAACGCCUCCACAGGCUCCUCCCUCUUGCAUCCCUCUUUACCCAAUCAGAAUGAAGGAGUGGGCGUGGAGGUGGAGUCCAGCCACAGUAGCUCCCCGACUAACAUGGCAGCUGCUGAAGCUGUCUGGAGACCUUACUGAACAGACAAGCGCAUGAUCAUGUGAUGACAUGAUCAUUAAUCACUAAAGACAAAUAUAUAAGCAGCAAUCUAAAAAAAGAUGUGACAUGAGGGGCCAUAAGUCAAUUUAAUGCCAUUUAAACAUGACGAAAUCUGCUGUUAUUCUAUUUUUUUCUUUGACACAAGUUCCAUGAAAACACGCAAAACCAACAAGGUGUCGGCCCGUCUCAACAUAAUUUCUGACUUCUCUUGAAGUCUUUAAAAAACAGCUCACACAUAAAUUGUACAUAAACGUGACUCAAAUAGGAGCUUAUAGUAAAUUUGUUGGGCAUUAUUUUCAGCAGUGGAUUAACCCCCUGAACCCCAAGUAUUUAAGAAAGAAAAAUAUGUUUUACUUAAAAAACUGCCAAAAAUACACUAUUUAGAGUUUCUGUUAGAAAGUCACCUAAACAAAGCUUAAAAUUGUGAUAUUUCUUCAAUUGCUUUAUUUUGUCCUAUAAAAUGUUGCCAAAAUAAAAUUGUUUGAAAUAACUAGAUACUGUUAAAAAAACUCCUCAGCAACACUGUGAAGCCAUGAUUGAUUUUGCUGUCAUGUGACAAAUAUUCACUGAAAAUCUGUUUACACAGAGCAGAGAGGAGAGGACAGGAGAGGUGGUAAAAUGCAUAGAAUUUCAUAUGUAUAAUAUGUCGAGACCCGAUUUUAUUUCCAAUAUUCAUGACACAUUUCAUAGAGCUGCAGGACUGCUAUAUUGCAAUAAAAUACCAGGCCACAGUGAGUAAAAUGUAAAAACAGCUUAAAAAACCCUGAAACUGCCUGGGGUUCAGAGGGUUAAUCCACAUUUGGUUCUCUAGUAUAAGUGUCAGCAAGACAGUGUGUAUGUGUUCAAAGUAACAAAGGAACAUGUGGGCACCAGUGGCUUACUUACCCCUUUUCGGCCAAGGAAGUUCAAGGACCAGUUUUGAGCCACUGCCUCAUCUGGAACCAGGUCUUUGUGUUUUGACAGCAAAAGAAGCGGCUCUCUGCCAGGAAAACUGGUUCCAGAGCAGCACCAACUCUUUGCUGGUCUUGAACAGCUUACAUUAGGGGCUGGAGGCCGAAUUAUCGUGACCAACAAGAAUAACUAAAACGUGUAUCAUUAAUGUGAUCAAUACCAGGUAGUCUGUGCUUGGCAGCUAUUUAGACCUAGCGGGCUAGCAUUAGCUUACAUGAAAGGCUAACAUUGCCAAUGCAAGUUCUUAAAGCCAGGAGCAACAUUUGUAGAGAGACAAUAGGCCCUUUCAUAGUGUGGUCCCACAAGUACCCCGCUAUAUUGCUGGAAUAUUGCCGAUUAGCACUGUGCUACUUAGUUAGCUCUGUAGCAGCGCAGUAUGCAUGUGCUGCAGCAGUAUGUGUUCAGUUAGCGACCUCCGUUUGUUUACAACAAGCACCAGACUCUACAAUUUGUAUACAGUUAGCAUUCCGGUUUGUUUACGAUCAGCGGCGGACUCUCUGUGCACAGUUAGCGAUGCCGGUUUGUUUACAAUAAGCAGUGGACACUGUGCACAGUUAGCGAUGGCAGCCACAGUUGUUGUGCAGCUUCUGAACAGUGAUUCGAUGACUGUCGGACCAAGUGGGAGGUGUGUGUUAGACGUCACGCGCAACGUCAAAUUUUCCGAUUCAUAGUGAUCCCUUUUCCAACAGUCCCACCAAUUUUCCACUUCUGUGACUACACUUGAUGGCUUAAAAUUAGUGGUUGCAUGAAACGGCACUAUGAAGGAGCCUACAGUCCGCCAUUGUUGCUUGGAGUUGGCGCCAGCAAAUCUGGGAAAAGCAAAGACGUUUACAGAUUCUGACUGUUGUUCGAAAAGGGGUAUGUGCUUCAACAACAGUGGAGCUUUAUAAGUAUCUAAAAAUGGGAUUUGUUGAAGAAAAAUAUAGAAUAUCGAGAGAUUUGUCCUUCAAGGGAUUGCCUCAUGGUCCUGAGAUUUAAGGCUUAACUGUAAGUGGAGUUUCAAUAGUGAGCAUGGCAGAAUGUUGGGACACAGGGUAACACAGUUAGCAGCAAUGUUGAUUGUCACUUAUCAAGGCAGUUUAUCCAAGAACACUUGGGGAACUGAUUCUUAGGAUGUCUGCUCACUCUUUAUUUUAUUUAUGUUUGAACGUUUAAUAUUGGGAAAAACUCCACACAGUACUGUACGUCACCACUUGACCACAACUGGAUAAAUGUUUACUGGUAAACAAAGAAAAACAAGCAGAAGGACCGACAUUGGCCAAGAGGACAGUGAGUGGACUUAAACCUGAUAUCCCAGUCUCACUCUCAGGAAAUAGAAAAGAACUGGAAAGAAGAGAUUGUAUGAAAUAUGGACAGAAAACCGGAGAGACGCAGGUUAAUAUUUUGGUUUUACACUGACACAAGUGCAUGCAGCAGCACUGGACUGAUCUCAAGUCCGCUUCCUUUGUAAAAUAACAAGACUUCCUCCUCAUAAAUGUUGUUGGUGCUGUGUGUAGAUGAUUUGCUCAUGCCAAAUAUCAUGAUGGCGUGUUUGUGUUGACCUUCAUCUAUCAUUUUACCAUUCCUCUGUCAUUCUUGGUUGAUAUUUUUAGAAAAACUGAGCCCAUCAUCUCUUGAAAAUAAAGACACAUCAUCACUUCACUCACUACUGUUUUCCAGCCCCUCAGACCAAUUUGGACUACUGUGAUAAUAAAUAACAACAACUCUUCACUUUACAUUGGUUAAACAAGUUUCAUUACAUAUAUAUAUAUGGCCCUCACCACACUGGAUUACAGCAUGGAGUUUAGUCAAAUGCUUUAAUUUAUUCCUACGAUACAAUUUUUAGUAGCUUUACAUCUGUGUGUGUGUGUGUGUG